AUGCAUAAAUCAGGUGGAAUUGUUUCCAAUGAUGGAAUAAUAGCGAUAAAAAAUGUCAUUGCUUCUGUAGACCAGACAUUGUGUGAAAUAAAGCCGUGGAAGUUAAUCAUAGCAACUGCUGCUGGUGUAAUCUUUUUGCAGCGUGUUCGACGUAUAUGGUAUGCAUCGGAGCAACCAAUAUAUUUACGGCUACUUGGGAAAGCAUUUUCCGUAAUUUGUUCAUUAUCUCCCAUACGAAAAAAGCUUGAAAAGGAACUGAAUUAUACUCGGCAAAAAAUUUACCGCGAAAUUCAUAAGUGUGAUAAUACCGGUCUUUUUUUUCGGAUGCUUCCUGAAAGUGGCAUGAAUAAUGCAAAAAUUGUUAGUAUAGCAGAACAAUAUAAUGCGAUGACAGAGGUGGACGUCUUAGCUGGUAAAGUGAGUGGAGCUGUAUACACCGAUCAGAACAGUGAACAAAGCAAUCUACUUUCAAAAAUGUUUGACAUUUACGCGUUUGCAAACCCACUUCAUCCAGAUAUCUUUCCCGGAUGUCGGAAAAUGGAAGCUGAGAUUGUUCAUAUUGUUGCAAACUUAUUUCAUGGAGGAUUGAAAUGUUGUGGAACGGUAACAUCCGGUGGAACUGAGUCAAUUUUAUUGGCAAUGCUUUCAUACCGUAACUAUGCAAUUAUUAAGGGUAUAUCGGAGCCAGAAAUAUUAGUCCCGGUCACUGCACACGCAGCAUUCGACAAGGCAGCACAUUUGUUUGGUAUGCGAAUACGACAUGUACCUGUUGGAAAUAAUCAAAAAGUUGAUAUAGAUAAAAUGAGACGAGCUAUAUCUAGGGACACUUGUGUUCUGGUUGGAUCAGUACCAAACUUCCCAACUGGCACAAUGGAUGAUAUUGAACAAAUCGCACAACUUGGGCAAAGAUAUGAUAUUCCUGUGCAUGUUGAUGCAUGUUUGGGUGGUUUCUUGAUAGUUUUUAUGGAAGAAUGUGGCUAUCCGUUACCUCCAUUUGAUUUUCGUGUGUCUGGCGUUACAUCAAUAUCAUGUGAUACACACAAGUAUGGCUAUGCUCCAAAAGGAUCCUCAGUCAUACUUUAUCGAGAACGAAAAUAUUUACAUCAUCAAUACAUGUGCAUUCCAGAAUGGACUGGAGGAAGUCGUUCUGGUCUAGCAAUAUCGUUAGCUUGGGCUACUUUGCUUUUUUUUGGACGUUCUGGUUAUGUGCAGCGAACAAAGGAAAUCAUUCAGUGUGCUCGCCGAAUUAGCUCCGCCAUUAUGAAUGAUAUUGAUGGUCUUCGUCUUCUUGGUUCGGCUGAUGUAUCUGUUGUAGCAUUUACCAGUGAUGUUUUCAAUGUUUACGCUCUUGUGGAUGAUAUGUCUGCUCUUGGAUGGAAUUUGAAUUCCAUCCAAAAUCCUGCUGGAGCACAUAUCUGCGUUACCUAUAAUACGGUAGUUGCUGAUGCGUGGCAAGCAUUCAUAGAUGAUUUACGAAAAGUUGCUUUUGCUCUGAUGAAUGAUCCAGAUAGAGGAAAACAUUCAAAUAUG